UAAUAAGGAGUGGGCGCCGAGGAGCCCUGGAGAUUCGUAGCCGGGCUGCAGCAAAGCACCGCGGCUGCAGCGGAGGGAGAUGAUGGAGCUAGAUGAUGGGGUGGUUUACCAGGAUGACUGCUCCGUGUCGGUCAUGUCCGAGCGGGUCUCGGGCCUGGCCAACAGCAUCUACCGCGAGUUCGAGCGCCUCAUCCACAAAUACGACGAGGAGGUGGUGAAGGAGCUUAUGCCGCUGGUGGUCAACGUACUGGAGAACCUCGACUCGGUCUUCACUGAGAACCAGGAACACGAAGUGGAGCUGGAGCUGCUUCGAGAGGACAACGAACAGCUCCUUACCCAGUACGAGAGAGAGAAAUCACUCAGGAAACAGGCAGAGGAGAAAUUUAUCGAGUUUGAGGAUGCUCUGGAACAGGAGAAGAAGGAACUUCAGACACAUGUGGAAUCUCUGGAGCUGCAGAGUAGACAACUGGAGCUCAAGUCGAAGAACUAUGCAGACCAGCUUACCAGACUGGAAGAGCGGGAGACAGAGAUGAAGAAGGAAUAUAAUGCUUUACAUCUGAGACAUACUGAGAUGAUACAAACUUACGUGGAACAUAUAGAACGGUCCAAGCUGCACCAAGUAGGGGGAAAUGCCCAAUCAGAUGGAACAAUGACUAGCAGGAACAAUCAUCGCCAACCAUGGAGAAAAAGUAGGAAGGAACGGCCAAACACUUUGGGCCUCUUCCCUGUGUUGGAUGGGAAUCUUCGUGGACAGCAAGUUGGUCGUGUUACUCCUGGCUCUGACAACUGGCAUCUGAGUGACCUGAGUCAGCCUCCAUCAAAUUGUAGCCUGAAGGAUGAUACAUCGGAAUCUGGGCAAUCGUCUGCUGCUGCCACCCCGAGUACUGCAGGAACUAAAUCUAACACCCCAACAUCAUCUGUACCAUCUGCAGCUGUCACUCCACUUAAUGAAGUAGUUAAUCCAAUCUACAACGGGGACACCAAAGUCAAGAACCAGCGAAAGCGGGCGAAAGGUAAUAGCAGAAACAUGGAGGUCCAGGUCACCCAGGAGAUGAGGAACGUCAGCAUAGGCAUGGGAAGUAGUGACGAAUGGUCUGAUGUUCAGGAGAUUAUCGAUUCAACCCCAGAACUUGAUAUGUGUCAAGAUCCACGCUUUGAAGGACGUGGAGGCAACAGCCCCACACAGGGAAUUGUAAAUAAGGCAUUUGGGAUAAACACAGAUUCGUUGUACCAUGAGCUUUCUACAGCGGGGUCAGAGGUCAUCGGAGAUGUGGACGAGGGGGCAGAUCUGCUUGUGCGUGAUGAUUUCUUCGGAAUGGGAAAGGAAGUUGAAAAUCUCAUCAUGGAGAACACUCAGCUUUUGGAAACCAAGAAUGCCCUGAAUAUCGUGAAGGAUGACCUGAUUGCAAAGGUGGAUGAGUUAUCAAGUGAGCAGGAGGUGCUGAAAGGGGAGUUAGAGACUGUCAAACAAGCCAAAGCUAAGGUUGAGAACCGGAUGAAGGAAUUGGAGGAAGAACUGAAACGGGUGAAAUCAGAAGCUAUUGUUGCCAUGAAUAAUAAGGAGGGCAAAGAAGAGCUGGAGGACGUAAGUGAUGAUGUGCAGGUGGCACAGAGACGGCGCUUCACUCGAGUGGAGAUGGCACGGGUCCUGAUGGAGCGCAAUCAGUACAAGGAGAGGCUGAUGGAGUUGCAGGAGGCUGUCAGGUGGAUUGAAAUGAUCAGAGCUUCUCGAGAGGAUCCAGCAAUUCAGGAGAAGAAAAAGUCAGGUAUCUGGCAGUUUUUCAGUCGCCUCUUCAGCUCCUCCUCUACUGCGCAGCCAACUAAGAGACCUCCUGUCCUUCAUUACGCUGCUCCCAACACCUAUGGUUCGUCUGGUUUCACCAAGCGUCGAAGCCACACCAUGUCCCAAUUAUCUACCACCGACAGAUCACGUGCCAUGGAUUUCCUGCCUGAGGUACAGAAAGUGCCUAAGGAGGAGAAGAAACCAGACACAGAUAAUGAACAAGUUGACUGUACAUCAAAUGCUCGGCGAGAGUUGAAACGUGAGCAGUACCGGCAGGUGAGGGACCAUGUCAGGAAUGAUGAUGGCCGACUGCAGGCAUGUGGCUGGAGCCUCCCUGCAAAAUACAAACAGUUGAGUCCUAAUGGCAGCCAGGAAGACAAUCGCAUGAAGAAUGUCCCUAUCCCAGUCUACUGCCGUCCUUUGGUUGCAAAAGAUCCAACCAUGAAGCUUUGGUGUGCAGCUGGUGUGGACUUGACUGGCUGGAAGCCACAGCGCAUGGAUAAUGGGAGUGCGCUGGGUCGCUCACGCAGCUGUGAUCCCUUAACCUCCGAUGCUGAAAGAGAUGGGAAAAAUAGCAGCAGCCACAGUUCUCCUGACAAAAACAAGAAGGUAAACGAGGUCCACAGUGCAGAGGAUGUCUCCAGCCGUGUGUGGAUCUGUACUAGCACACACUCCACCAGUAAAAUUGUGAUAAUUGAUGCCAAUCAGCCUGGCACCAUUAUGGACCAUUUUAUAGUGUGCAAUGCUCAUGUUCUAUGUAUUACUAGCAUCCCAGCUGCUAGUGAGAGUGACUAUCCUGCAGGAGAGAUAUUUUUGGAAGGAGACUUGAAUCCAGAUGAUUCCAGUGGAGCAGAAGGAGUGUUAGCAGGAAUUACCUUGGUAGGGUGUGCAACCAGGUGCAAUGUUCCUCGGAGCAACAGCACAUCUAGAAGUGACACCCCAACAUCUGACAAAGGGCAAAGUGAUAUGGCUCCUCUUAAAAGCGGGAAGAUCAACCAACCACAAUCAACUGAAGAAGCAACCGAAGCAACUGAGGCAACAGGGAACGGUGUAACUGAUGCUGAACCAGCAUUGGCUCGGCCUAGUGCCUACACAGAACAUGUGUUCACAGACUCCGCGCGGACAGAAGACAGAACUCAGCUCAGGGAAAAUGGACAAACCAAGGAGGAACAGAAUACAGGCCAGUCAGAACAGGAAGCAAAUGUUCGCACCAAUGGAUCAAUCACAAGUGCAGCCCCUACUAUGUGGCUAGGGGCACAGAAUGGCUGCCUUUAUGUGCACUCUGCGGUAUCCAAUUGGAAGAAGUGCCUCCACACCAUCAAACUGAAGGAUGCAGUCCUUAGUAUCGUACAUGUGAAAGGGCGUGCUCUGGUGGCUCUGAAUGAUGGGACAUUAGCUAUAUUUCACAGAGCUGAAGAUGGUCAGUGGGAUCUGAGUAAUUACCACCUUAUGGACCUGCGACGUCCAAACCAUUCCAUCCGUUGUAUGGCCGUGGUGCAUGACAAAGUCUGGUGUGGCUACAAGAACAAGAUCCACGUCAUUCAGCCUAAAACAAUGCAGAUUGAGAAGUCUUUUGAUGCCCAUCCAAGAAGGGAAAGCCAAGUGCGCCAGCUGGCAUGGAUUGGAGAUGGGGUCUGGAUAUCAAUUCGCCUGGAUUCUACCUUGCGCCUCUAUCAUGCACACACACAUCAGCAUUUACAGGAUGUUGACAUUGAGCCUUAUGUCAGUAAGAUGUUAGGAACCGGCAAACUGGGAUUUUCUUUUGUGCGGAUCACAGCUUUGCUUAUUGGUGGAAACCGGCUUUGGGUAGGAACUGGAAAUGGAGUCGUUAUCUCUAUUCCAUUGACAGAAACUGUAGUUUUGCACCGAGGUCAACUGUUGGGGUUCAGGGCAAAUAAAACAUCACCAACUGGCAGUGAAGGAACCCGUCCUGGUGGAUUGAUUCGUGUAUAUGCGGAUGAAAGCAGUGACAAGGCCUCAAUUGGCAGCUUCAUCCCAUAUUGCUCUAUGGCUCAAGCCCAGCUCUGUUUCCAUGGACACAGGGACGCUGUCAAAUUCUUUGCAUCUGUGCCAGGUAAUGUUCUUGCAACGUUGAAUGGCAGUGUGUUAGACAGCCCUACAGAGAACCCAGGACCUACUGCACCUGAGCAAGAGGAGAGGAAACUGCAGCCUGUUUUGGUUCUCAGUGGAGGAGAAGGCUACAUUGACUUUAGGAUUGGUGACGGUGAAGAUGAUGAGACAGAGGAAAGUUUGCCCGAUGGAAUGAGACCAGCCCUCUCCAAAGCAGAACGGAGUCACAUCAUUGUCUGGCAGGUGUCAUAUGUUCCUGAAUAGGAUGUCACUCCAGCUCCCAGAUACCUGCAGAUCAUCUGUAUGUACAUAUAAGAUUCCCUGCAUUGUACUUGUCCAUAAAGAAAGCCACUUAAAAUCUAGAAUUUCUGUAGCAUUUCCAUGGUAUCUCCACUUUGGAAUUGCAUUUGUUGAAAUUUGCAACAAUCCAACACAUUUUGGAUUCAAUUUAAAAAUGGAAUGUUAAAAUCAUUUAAAAUAGCUAACACUGGCUUUUUGGAGACUGAAAUCUUAUUCACUUUAACAAAAUUUGUUGCUGUUUCAAGCACUUCCCUUUGUAAUUAGCCUGUCCUUAAAACAUGAAACAAAGAAUGCUACCAUAUUGCAUGCCAGAUGUUGAAAUAAUGUCAUAUGGCAACUUUCAUGUCUGUUCAUUUAUGUAUCAUGUAAAGGUUGAUUUGUUUAUAAGUAGCAUUUACUUUCAAUUUGUCCCCCAAAAUACUUAAUCAAACAUUAUUGCUGAUAAUGUUCAUACUUAAACCAAACCUGCAACAUUACUCAGCUGAAUUUCUCAUGAGGCCCUGCCUCUGUGUCAGAACCCAAAUGACAGGUAUUGGAAAAGGGCUAGAAAGGUGGAUAGGAGAUUUCAAAAACAAUAUUACGACUAUAUACAAUAAAGUGCAAAAACAGACUGAGAAUGGAUGUAGCUCAGUUCCUUAUGUUCUAGGAUGCCACUGAUGUUAAUGACACAGGGGAAGUGUAACCUUUUUUUCCAGAAACCUUCAGUCCACCAAUUUUUAACCUAUCCAUUCAUUCACUAUUAUUUGGCAAUUCCCAGAAAGGGUAGUAUUUCUUUAGGGAGAAAAGUGCAUUCACUUUCAAAAGGGGUUUCUGUAUAUGCUCGGUAGAAUGAAUUUUCACCAGACUUUGUUGUAGCUGUCAGCGUUCUAGUUGGCACUGUAAGGGUUUGAUAAAACCUGCUUUUUUCCUGGUUUAAUGUACAACAAUAUCUAAAAAGGGAUGGGGAACUAUGGAAUGUCAACUGGAUGCAUUCCUAUUCAUUUCUGGAUGUCAUUGAUUUGGAAAAAUUCUGGAGAUGUCAGGAAUUUAAAAAUGCUUGUCUCCUUCAAUUAACUAUUUUGAUCAGAGAAUUUCCUUUUCUUUUUUUAAGUGGCUAUGUUUCUAUUGGGAUAAAUAGAAUUACUAUUCAAGGUUUAACAUAGCAAUGAAAUAAAGACAAGAUCAUUGAUACCGGCAGUACAGUUUUCUGGACAGCUUCCUUCCCUGGACAGCUCAAAGGAUGGUUGUAUGUUUAGUAUAAGAUUGUUGCAAAUGAAUUGAGGUCACUGGGACCUUGAGCCCCCUAGAAGAACAUUCAGUGACCCAAGGAACAAAGAAAGAUAUUUCAGUAUUCAUCAGUAACCUAUUUCUCAUCUAUUUUCACCAUUUUACAAAACUACACAGUGAACAUACAUGAUUAUCCAGUAUUAAAACACUGAGAUACCACAUGCUUUGAAGGAAUUUUGUCUGCUGCCAGAAGUGAUCUUGAGUGAAAGCAGAGCAAAUCCUGUGGCUUGUACUAACUUAUUCAAAAUUUCCUGGGAUAUAGACAGUGCAGUCCUUUUUUGUGGUAUUAGUGUACCCCAGUAGUUUUAGCAAUGUAAAACUAGUUUUGAUCUUGAAAGGCUGGUAACUUCAUUAUAGGUCUGGGUCACCUUCCUCAGAUUAAAUUUUACUAAGAAUAAAAGUGAAAAUUGUGAAUAAUUUGUCAAAAAGGGACCCUUGGAGGUAAGUGGCAUUUCUCAGUCCUUAUUUUUCUUUUACAACCUUAAAUGUUGUGAGUUAGAUGGUGUGCUUUUUUAUUUGGAAGUGGGGAAUGGGAGAGAAUAUCAGGGGACCAACCAACAGAUGACUGCUAACCAAUGCACUGAUUGCAGUUGCAAUGUAGUUUGUGCUUUUGCUUCUAGGGUGAAGGACAGAAGCAGUUAAAAUGUAGGGGGUAAUAUAGAUCAAGAUGGAAAGACAAAACAUUUAAUGUGAAAAGAACAAUAAGUUUUCAGUUUCCAUCUGAGCCACGUGGGAAUUUUAAGAAUUGCGCAUAAGAAUUGAGUGCCUACUAUGACCUCCAAACAUUACUGUAGGCAUAUUUGAGACAGUUGUCCUGGGUAUAAGAAGGAAAAUUUUUGAGUGUGGAAUUAAGAAAUUCUGUUUUAAUAUCCUGGAGUAUGUUAUAAAUGUUAGUGAAAUCAAAGCCUUUUCUUACUGUAAUUCAUUCUUUGUAUGUCCAUAUAACAUACCACUUUCAGAGUAUUCCAAACCUACACCUCAGUGUAAUGUGUAAUAAUGAGGUUAUUUUGACCAGUAACAAGUCAUUUUCAUUGUUUAACAAAGGUGUAAGUAGGAAUGAAUAAAUUUUGAAUGAGCUGGCAAAGUACAGCAAUGGGAACUGAGAAGGGAAACAAAAUCAUUGACAGAUGGGAGAAAAUCUGUCUGCUGUUCUUCAGAAGAACUCACAUUUACCGACACAUGGCAGGGUGGGAUGAUUAAUGCUGGUUUGGAAAUCAGCAAGUAUGAUUUGUCUUCUGGCCACAUGAGUGCAUUGUAUUUAAAACAUAUCUGGUUCUCAUCUUGAUUAGGUGGUCAUUUUACUAAGUCUAUAGAUUAUGGCUCCUCUGGACAUCCAGACCAUGUCCUCUGCCAGUAGCAAUUUGAGGUUCUUCUCAUCAUGUAAAGUAGCUCCUGUGUAUUAGUCUUGAGAAAAUGAUACUGCAGUCUGAACGCUGCUGCUUCACAGCAGAGUCCUGUACAAAAUGCUGCUUGGUGUAUAAUGAAAAGGUCGGGUUGGGUGUACAGAGAGGGUUGGCUGGUGUAAGGAUACUAUCUGAGCUAAUUUCCCUGUGCAAUGUAAUUUAACUUAACAUGUAAUUGUUCCAUAUGUAAUAAACAUUCACAU